CAUUGACAUUGUAGUUUAUGUAUUUCGUUGAUAAAUGGAUGUUUUCACAGCAAUAGAAGGAUUUAAAAAUAUUUACUCGGGGUUGAAGGGCGAAACAACGCUAGAAUUCCUCAAAUGGGUCAAAGAUAAUGUAGAUGGUCUUAUUGAGAAACAAAUAAAAUCAUCUCAUCAGAGUAACAGCGACGUUGUCCUGCAAUCAAUCCGAGAGGACCUUAGAUCUCUCCUUCCUCUGAAUGGGGUGACCCCUACAGAGAAUAUCUACACCCCCACUGUGGGUCCAAAUGCAGACUGUGAUGGUCCCAGCACUGAACACAUAGAUGCCUUCUGUUAUGACGAUGAUGACAUAGAUGAUUUGUGUGAUGAAGGUCAGAUGAGCAGGAACUACUGCACAGACUGCGGAUCUAGAAAUGUCCGACCUCUAACUCUGAUUACGCACUCUGCAUCUGUAAAACAGAUUAAAUAUAUCUUCCAACACUUACUUGGGGAUCUUAGAGGAAAAACUGUGGUAGACGUGGGGUCCAGAACGGGGGCAAUACUGUAUGGGGCCUACCUGAUGAGUGAUGCCAGCUGUAUAGUCGGGGUGGAAAUUGACCAGACAUUUUGUCACAUCCAGAAUCAAAUCAUCUCCAAGUACCAAUUACAAGACAGAGUUCAGGUACAUCAGCAAGACAUACAACAGUGUGGAAACCUAAUUCAACAAGCUGAUGUGCUGAUCCUUAACAAUGUAUUUGAAUUUUUUAUGCCUUUGGACAUGCAGAAAAGUAUAUGGCAUUUUUUAUACCAGAACAUGAGGAAGAAAGGAAGUUAUAUUGUGACAGUGCCCAGUAUUACCGAGUCCUUACAGACAAUACAGUUACCUUUAGACCUGGGGUCCUGGAUACAAAAGAUACCUACAGGGGAGAUAACUCGAAAAGCUAACCUGUUACUGUAUGGCGACCAAGAUUCCGAGGACUCAGAACUUCCACAAAUCCAUCUGUAUCAAGUCAUGUGAUCUGACGUUUGCAUCAAGUCAUGUGAUCUAACAUUGUAUAUCAAGUCAUGUGAUCUGACGUCUGUAUCAAGUCACAUGAUCUAACAUUGUGUAUCAAGUCAUGUGAUCUGACAUCUGUAUCAAGUCAUGUGAUCUGACGUCUGUAUCAAGUCACAUGAUCUGACAUCGCGUAUCAAGUCAUG